AUGCUGUCUCUCCUGAUGGUCACCCUCUUCCUUCUCUCCUCCUGCUUCUCGGCAGGAGGAGGCAGCCCCCUCAGCGAAGGCCUGUGGUUGCUGAAGACCGAGUUUGCCCUUCACCUCUACCGGAGUGCAGCAUCAGAGAGAAACGGGACCAACUUUGUCAUCUCACCUGCCAGUGUGUCCCUCUCCCUAGAGAUCCUGCAGUUUGGAGCCCGGGGAAACACGGGCUGGGAGCUAGCAAGUGCCCUGGGAUAUUCCGUGCAAGACCCGAGAGUGAGAGAGUUCCUGCACGCUGUUUACACCGCGCUGCACAACUCCAGCCAAGGCAUUGGGAUGGAGCUGGCCUGCACUCUUUUCAUGCAAACCGGAACGCCUCUGUCUCCCUGCUUUGUGGAGCAGGUCUCCUGGUGGACCAACAGCAGUCUGGCGCCAGCCAACUUUAGAGAGCCCAACAGCACUGCCACGGAGGUCUCGAGGGGCUCACCCAGGCAGAGCACAGGUAAAGGAAAGCCAUCCCCACAGUCGGGGGAGGCUGGCACCGUGUCUUCUUGGCUCUCCAUUGUGAGCACCAUGACCUUCCAAAGCACCUGGCAAAGGAGAUUCUCUUCCAUGGCCUCGCAGACCAUGCCUUUCACCUGUGCCCACGGCCUCGUCCUUCAAGUCCCCACGAUGCAUCUGGUGGCAGAGGUCAGCUAUGGCCAGUUCCAGGAUGCUGCAGGCCACAGGGUAGACGCUCUGGAGCUGUUGUACCUGGGAAGCACAGCCAGCUUGUUCCUGAUGCUUCCGCAAGACAAGAACACCCCUCUGGACUGCAUUGAGCCACACCUCACAGCCAGAGCUAUCCGCCUCUGGGCCACCAGGCUGAAGAGAACCAGGGUGGAUGUGUUUCUCCCCAGGUUUAGGAUCCAAAUCAGUUUGAUUUUAAAAAGCAUUUUAAGAUCAUGGGGUAUCGCUGAUCUUUUUGACCCACUCAAAGCCAACUUGAAAGGAAUUUCAGGCCAAGAUGGCUUUUAUGUUUCUGAAGCAACCCACAAGGCCAAGAUGGAGCUUUCCGAGGAGGGCACAAGGUCAUCUGCAGCCACAGCUGUGUUGCUGCUGAGGAGGUCCCGGACUCCUGUUUUUAAAGCAGAUCGGCCCUUCAUCUUUCUUCUGAGAGAACAUAGCACAGGGUUUGUCUUCAAUAUUGGGAGAGUUUCAAAUCCCCUUGACUAA